GGGAAAGGAGGGGAAAGCUUAGGAAAAGGAAAAGAAAUACGCAGGCGGUGCCUGAAAAAUCCAGGACUGAACUUUCCUGCUAUUGGUUCUCUGAUUCCAUUUGUUGGAAUCAGAGGAUCAUUCUACCUCUCCAUUCACGAUCUUUUUUCUUAUAAUUCUUUCUUUCUUUUUAGCAUGAUGUAUGCAUGAAACAAUAUAUAUAUAUAUAUACGCACUGGUACAAGAGCCUACCAAGAAAACAUAAAGAUUUGUGAUGGGUUCAAGAUUUUGAACAAUCGUGAGGUGGUCAUUGUGUGAUUCUCGCAAAUGGGUAGCUCACAAACCGAUGUGACAAUGGAAGGAUGGCUUUAUCUCAUUCGGCUCAAUCGGUUUGGGUUGCAAUACUCACGCAAGAGGUACUUCACUCUCAAAGGCAAUUGCCUCAGGUGUUACAAAGCGACACCCACCUCUGAGAGAGAGGAGCCAGUUAGAAGUGCAAUGAUAGACUUCUGCAUUCGAGUUUCAGACAAUGGAAGAGAGACCAUUAAUAGAAAAAUAAUCUUUAUUUUCACACUUUAUAAUACCUCCAAUCACAGUGAUCAGCUAAAGUUGGGAGCAAGUAGUUCAGAAGAAGCAGCAAAAUGGAUCCACUCCUUGCAAGAUGCUGCGUCAAAGGAGUGCCCAAAUCCAGCAAAGAGGAAGUGCCUACCAUUAAGAUUAGGUGGUUCAGAGAAAGAUCAUAAGCAUUCUAUAGAAUCGACUAUUUGCUCAUCCAUGCACGUGGAGGCAAUGACAUCUGAUGUUAUUGCACCCUCACCAUGGAAAAUUUUUGGUUGUCAUAAUGGAUUACGGCUUUUCAAAGAAGCAAAAGAUUGGGAUUCCCGUGGGAAGCAUUGGGAUGAUCAUCCAGCAAUAAUGGCAGUUGGUGUGCUUGAUGGAACUUCAGAGGCCAUUUUCCAGACUCUUAUGUCUCUUGGUCCCUCGAGAUCAGAAUGGGACUUCUGUUUUUACCAGGGCAGUGUGGUUGAGCACCUUGAUGGUCACACAGAUAUUAUUCGGAAGCAGUUAUACAGCGAUUGGCUACCUUGGGGGAUGAGGCGAAGAGAUUUACUUUUGAGACGCUAUUGGAGAAGAGAGGAUGAUGGCACAUAUGUAAUUCUAUAUCAUUCUGUGUUUCACAAGAAGUGUCGACCACAAAGAGGCUAUGUUCGUGCUUGUCUUAAAAGUGGAGGAUAUGUAAUAACUCCUGUGAACCAAGGGAAACAGUCUCUUGUAAAGCACAUGCUUGCUAUCGAUUGGAAGUUCUGGAAAUUAUAUCUGCGCCCAUCAUCUGCAAGAUCCAUAACUAUCGCUAUGCUUGAGAGAGUCGCGGCAUUGAGGGAACUGUUCAGAGCCAAAGCGGGAAAUUAUUCCUCUGAGUUCUCAUCUGGAGAGGUCACCAGCGAUGUUGGGUUGUCCCAGAGUAAGGAGGAGGACAUAAAAACUGAAGUUCAGAGCCCAGAAGAAACAGGGAAGAUUGAGGAGGCUGUUUCCUUAGAAGAUGAGGUAGAAAUACCACGUUCUGGCCGUUCAAGUUUAAUGGGACUGAAUGAUGCCGCCGAUGAGUUCUUUGAUGUUUCUGAACCAGCAGACUGCGACAAUUUUGAGAAUGAGAGGCCUUCUGGCUUGACUACAGAAGAGCACUCUAUGAAUAAAUACCAGACCAAACUGCCAUCAGCAGCCAGUCUUGUGAAAAAAUUGCAUGAUUUUGCAGUUCAGAAGAAAGGGUAUGUGGACUUACAAGAUCUGGCCAGGGAAUAUGGCGCACGGUGCUCUUAUGGAGCCACUCUGCAGAAAGACCCAAGUUGUAGUUUACCUUGCAGUUUGGCAGCAGCUGAUCCUUCUUCAUUUUUAAUACGUGGAGAAAGUUAUUUACAAGACCAUAAAAAGAUUAAGGCAAAAGGCACCUUGAUGCAAAUGGUUGGUGCAGAUUGGCUAAGAUCUGACAGGCGAGAAGUUGAUCUUGGUGGCCGGCCUGGUAGUAUCAUUCAGAAGUCUGCAGAACAGGGUGGACCCGAAUUUUUCUUCGUUGUCAACAUACAGGUCCCGGGUUCAACCAUGUAUACCUUGGCUCUAUAUUACAUGAUGAAAACUCCUCUAGAAGACAAUUCAUUGCUACACGCUUUUGUCAAUGGAGAUGAUGCCUUUAGGAAUUCAAGAUUCAAACUCAUACCUUACAUUUCAAAGGGAUCAUGGAUAGUCAAACAGAGUGUUGGGAAGAAAGCAUGUUUGGUCGGUCAAGCACUCGAUCUACAUUAUUUUCGUGGGAAAAACUAUUUUGAGCUUGUAAUCGAUGUUGGAUCUUCAACAGUGGCAAGGGGAGUGGUCAGUCUUGUUCUUGGAUACCUGAACAAUUUGGUCAUAGAACUGGCAUUUUUAAUACAGGGCAACACGCAGGAGGAGCUCCCAGAAGUUCUUCUCGGAACAUGUCGAAUUAAUCAUCUAGAUGCAUCGAAAUCAGUGGUGGUAGAACCAUAAUAGUUCCCAGGUGCUGUUGUGUGUUGACUCCAAGACAAAACAAAGAUGAUGUCAAGAGAGUCUGCCUUGUUCAUAGAAUUUACUUGUGCAUAGGCAUUUUUUCCAUCCAAUAUGGAUGCAAUGUAAUGUGUAACUAUAAUUUCAACUUGUAACAAUGCAAUUUGUAAACCGUGGGUUCCUUAAUUGUUCUUCGAUUAUUCUUU